GCGCACUGGCACUCACUAGUCUCUCCCCACCUCUUGGCUUGGCCCCUUCCAGUUCGAACCAAAACCCUCUCUCCCCUCGCCCCCGUCCCGGAUCAAACGGCCGCCGGAAAAUCCCCGAAAAAUAACGAGCAGUUCGUCGCCAGAGUAAACGCCGCGGCAGAACCCUAGCGCGCCCUCCCUCCGAUCGGCUCCCCGCCCGCCCACCCACCCCGCAUGGCGGCCAACCCCUCCUCCGGCGCCGACGCCCCCCCGGUCCCGGCGCCGGUGCGGCUCUCGGCGGCGGCGCAGGCGGCCGCGAUCCAGCCCUCCUCCCCGCGCUUCUUCUUCUCCUCGCUCGCGGGGACCAACCCGGCCUCCCCGCACCGCCGCAUCGCCAUCGCCGUCGACCUCUCCGACGAGUCCGCCUUCGCCGUCAAGUGGGCCGUGCAGAACUACCUCCGCCCCGGGGACGCCGUCGUGCUGCUCCACGUGCGCCCCACCUCGGUCCUCUACGGCGCCGACUGGGGCUCCAUCCCGGUCUCCGUCGCCGACGAGGCCGACGCCGCCGAGGACGCCGCCGCCGCCGCCCAGGGCGGCCCCACCGAGGAGGAGCUGCAGAAGAAGCGGGAGGAGGACUACGACGCCUUCACCUCCACCAAGGCGCAGGACCUGGCGCAGCCGCUGGUCGACGCGCAGAUCCCCUUCAAGAUCCACGUCGUCAAGGACCACGACAUGAAGGAGCGCCUCUGCCUCGAGGCCGAGCGCCUGGGCCUGUCUGCUAUGAUCAUGGGGAGCCGCGGUUUUGGCGCCCACCGGAAGGGCGGCAAGGGGAGGCUUGGGAGUGUUAGCGAUUACUGCGUCCAUCACUGUGUCUGCCCUGUUGUGGUGGUUCGCUACCCGGAUGAUGCUGCAGGUGCUGGUGGAGAUGCAGCUGGGGCAAUAGAUGAGCUGCACACUGUGCCAGAGGAUGAACCUGUGUACCACGACGCCCCUGAGGUGCAGAAAGAAAACUGAGGCAAUGGCAGCAGCUGAAGCACAAAGGGAAGCAUGCAGCUUUUGGCGAGGGCGUCCUUGUGUAUUUGGAAGAUGCUGUUUAUCUUUGCUUCUAUCCACCGCGUAUCAUAAAAUGGGUUGAUCAGCAGGCUGCUUUCCGUUUUGAGUUUCAUAGCGGAGUCCUAGAUCAUCGGAGUCUUUGUCGGUUUGCUUGUGUGAUGUUUAUGCCGUCGAUGCAAUGUAGAGUACACCUCCAGUGGGUUGGAGCUGUUUUAUGGUUUGCAAAGCCAGUUGACGACCGUUGUAUUCUCUCGUAGUUGUCUACACGUUAUCAGGACAUCUAUUCAGCUUGCUGCUGUAUUGGUUACUUGGAUGAUGGAGGACCGCCACUUCUCUGUAUUUACUACUUUAUUGGAUAGAAUAAUUGUCUAGUUGAACAGUUUCAGCUGCUAAAACACAUGAGCUUAUGCUUGCGUGUUUCAUGUUUGUAUUUGUAAGACCGGUCUGUGAAGAUUUUAUUAGAAAUAAAUUUGUCAAAACAAA